AUGGUCCCUUUUUCCCUCCCUUUCUCUCUCUCUCUCUCCCUUCUCUGGCUUUUCCUCCUCCCACCUCCAGCUGGUGUCCCUAUAUUUUUUUUUUCCCUUCCCUUCCUUCUACCUGGCCCCCUUUCUUUGCUUUUCCCCAGGCCCAGAAUGGCUCUGCCGCAUCUGCGCGCUUCUCUGGACUCUCCGCGCAAACACACCUUCUCUGCCUUUCCCGCGAACUUCAUGGCUAACUUUCGUCAUCGGCAUGUCAGGCGGGAAUAUCACAUCGUUGUGCUGGGCGCCGGUGGUGUUGGGAAGAGCUGCUUGACCGGUAAGAGCUUGGCCGGGUUUAUACAGUCCCUUUUUUGGUGUCUUCUUUUUGCGCUGACUGCUCGUCCAGCUCAGUUCGUACAGAAUAUAUGGAUUGAGAGCUAUGAUCCGACCAUCGAAGAUUCCUACAGAAAGGUCCUUGCAGUAGAUGUGAGUGUCAGCCUGUUUUCUUAUUCACCUACUUCUGAAUACCCGCUAAUAUUCUUUCCUUAUAUAGGGACGGCCAUGUCUUCUCGAAAUCUGGGACGGAACAAUUCAGUAAGUCUCAUCACCUCCAAUUUACCCGACUCUAUCCCCGGCCAUCCCCAGACUAACAAGCUGAAUUAUAGCCGCCAUGAGCAACUCGCAACUCACAAGGCUCACCCGUUUUCUAGGGAACUAUACAUGAAACAAGGCGAAGGCUUCCUCCUCGUCUUCUCCAUAACGAGCAUGUCCUCCCUGAAUGAACUACAAGAACUCCGCGAACAGAUCAUCCGUAUCAAAGACGACGAGAAAGUCCCCAUAGUCAUCGUCGGUAACAAGUCAGAUCUCGAGGAAGACCGUGCCGUUUCACGAUCGCGCGCCUUCGCUCUAUCCCAACAGUGGGGGAAUGCUCCAUACUACGAGACUUCCGCACGAAGACGAGCGAACGUAGACGAAGCGUUCAUAGACCUCUGCCGGCAGAUCAUACGGAAGGAUAUCCGAUCCAAUAAAGACCGAGAUAGAGACUACGGAGGGAGUCGCAAGAAGGAGGCAAGCGGAGCAGCCGACAAGCGGCGGAAUCGGAGGAGGACAAAGAUGAAGACCGAUUGUGAUUCGUCCGUCCGUCCUUUGUUUUGUCUUGUCCGCCUUAAUUAUACCCCUUCCGCAUCACUGGUUUGCUCUUUGGUUUGUUGUCUUAUUUUCUCUUUUGGAUAUCUCAUCUAUUUGCUAUUUUCUUUCUUUCUUUUUUUUACAUCUCUGAAGAUCUACUUACUUCCUCCAUCCUCUUCUUUCAACCUGAUCCUGAUCCUCCUACCAUACUACACUCCACUACACACCGCCCCUUCAUUUCGUGAUAUACAUAUUACUGUUUCUAUAAACAAACCACCGCCAACUCCCUCCGAAAAGUUUCCCUUUUGUUAUAUUUCCUUUCCAUCCGCUUCCUUGGAUAUUAUUCCUACCUUCGCGCCUCCCUCCCUCCCUCCCUCCCUCCAUCCCCGCCUUUUUUCCCCCUUGUCAAGAUGGAAGAACGAGAAAGAAAGAAGAGAACAAGAGCAGAGAGAAAGACCUUCUUUUUUUAUCACGAUAUAA